GUCAGGAAAUCUCUUGCAUCCAUAGUCGGUGAAAAGGAAUAGCUUUUGUUACACUGAAUAGAGUGUAGGCCAGCCAAGAUGGUUCUGAAGGAGAUUCCAACAGAUAACAUUGCCAGACCCUUGGGUCGCAAUGAAGUAAUUGGCUUACUUUUCCGCCUGACCAUCUUUGGUGCAGUCACUUACUUUACCAUCAAAUGGAUGGUGGAUGCCAUUGACCCAACCAGAAAACAGAAGGUUGAAGCACAAAAACAGGCAGAGAAACUGAUGCGACAGAUAGGUGUUCAGAACGUGAAACUCUCUGAAUAUGAGAUGAGCAUUGCUGCCCACCUGGUGGAUCCUCUCAGUAUGCAAAUCACAUGGAGCGACAUUGCGGGUCUUGAUGAGGUGAUCACAGAACUGAAGGACACAGUCAUACUGCCUAUCCAGAAGAGGCACUUGUUUGAAGGCUCCCGCCUCCUUCAGCCUCCGAAAGGUGUGCUUCUUUACGGCCCCCCUGGCUGUGGUAAGACUCUGAUAGCCAAGGCCACCGCCAAGGAGGCUGGGUUCCGCUUCAUCAACUUGCAGCCGUCCACGCUGACGGACAAGUGGUAUGGAGAGUCCCAGAAGCUGGCUGCUGCCGUCUUCACCCUGGCCAUCAAGCUCCAGCCCUCCAUCAUCUUCAUCGACGAGAUCGACUCGUUCCUCAGGAGCCGUUCCAGCUCGGACCAUGAGGCCACAGCCAUGAUGAAGGCUCAGUUCAUGAGCCUGUGGGACGGCCUGGACACAGACUUCAACUGCCAGGUCAUUAUCAUGGGAGCCACCAACAGGCCCCAGGAUCUGGACUCGGCCAUUUUGAGGAGGAUGCCCACUCGCUUCCACAUAAACCUACCUAAUGUCAGACAAAGAGAAUCAAUCUUGAAGCUUAUCCUGGAAAAUGAGAACGUGGAACAGAUCGUAGACCUGGGUGAAAUUGCCCGGGAAACUGACAACUUUUCAGGAAGUGACCUCAGGGAGAUGUGUCGGGAUGCCGCGCUACUUUGCGUACGAGACUGCGUGCGCAACAGCACAGCGAGCACCGGCGAAAGUAGUCUAGAGGAGGACUUCAUGCGUCCCAUCCAGCAGCAGGAUCUGCUGAAGGCCGUCAAGAAGAUGAAGAAGUCCAAGACAGCCGGGGGACAGACCGUCCUCCUGCACGCCGCACUGGACUAAAGUCUCCCGAGAACAACUGUCCCCUGUCCUCUCACCGGGAAAAAAAACCCCUCAACGGUCUCUCUCUCUUUUUUUUAUGAAAAAAAAAGCAUAUGUAUAUUUUUUUUCCUCAUAUCAUACUGGGUUAUGGUCUUUGUCACUGGGCCGGCUUUUUGUCAAGUAGCCAUGCGUGUCUCCUUGUGACAGUUGGAGAAGGCCUUUGGCUUAAUGCCUUUUAUUGACCUUUCUCACCUUUGCCAUCCAGCUAUUAAAAAUAGCUUUUUUCGAUACUGUACCAUCAGUCCAGAUAUCCUCUCUUUUUUUUGUUUGAAGUGUUUGGAUAUUCAUGAAAUUAUUAGUUUCAUGAGUUCUAAAUUGCUGUGAACACCGUUAAACUGACAGUGAGAUGUGCCAUUGUGGGUCAUUGUGUGUAAAUGUGUACGUCUACGUUCACAUCUCUCUACAUGCACGUGGGUACAUUCUUCAGUUAGGGUCUAAAAGAGGGGAUACAUUCAUAAUGGACCAAGUCCAUUUCAUAGAUGACAACAGAUUUUGUUGUGUGUGUGUGUGUC